AUGGGCGAAGGAGAUGCUGGCGCCCCAAAGUCGCGCGGUCACUUGGACGGCAAGGAUGCGUUUGCCAAGCGAGAGGCUGCCUCAGAGGGCCUGUGGGUGAAGCAGCACGAGCAAGAAAAACUUGAAGCCGCUCGGCUAAGGCUUAAGCAACAGAACAAAUCCACCGAGGAGGUGGACAAGAAGAUUGAGAAUCUGAAGAACGGUGGAGAGAAAUAG